AUGCCGAAAUCGCGCAGGGACUGGAGUGGUUCGCGGCGCGCGCGGCACGAUCCGCUGCGUCGCGGCACCACCGCCGUGUCCGAGGUCAAGGCCGAGGUCGUGCCGGUGCUGGAAAAGCUGCCGGGCGGCCCGAGCGACGUGCCGACGGGCGAAAAAGUGUGGGCGCUCGCGUCCAUUUCGUCGCUCCUCGAAGAAGAGCACGGCGCACGCAACCGGCGCCUGCUCCUCUCGCGCAACAUUGUCGCACGUGUGCUGUACGAAUUGGAGCAUGAUACAAACCUCGAGGUGCGCCGCGAGGCGAGCGGCGCGCUGCGCAACUUGUGCGUCGAGGGCGACAGCGACAUUUUCGGCGAGCUCGUCAACAAGGGCGGUCUCGAGAUCGUGUUGCAGUGCCUCCGCUGGGCGACCAUGGGGCUGCAGAACCAGGAGCGCCAGAUGGAGCGCGCCAAGGCACCGGCGCGCGAGGCUCGCGAACGCCUCCUCUCCAAGCCCGUCGAGCAGAUGAACCGCAAGGAGCGCCGCCACGCCGCCAAGCUCGCGGCGGGCACCAUGCACGAAGGCGCGCUCACCGACAACCCCGAGUUUGCGCCGGACGCCUCGGCCGCCGUCGACGUGCGCGGCUGGGCCGCCGACGCGCCGGCGUCGCUGGCGGCCAUGGACCCCCCUGCAGCGCAGUGUCUCGUGGAGAUGUGCGAGAGCCUCGUGACGAUUCUCGGCUGCAUCUGCGAGACGAGCGAGAAGCUGCUGGUGCGUGCGGUGCGCUGGGACUGGCAGCAGUCGCUCCUCGACGAUACGCAGCACGCCGAGCGCCAGGCGUUUGCAGGCGACGCACUCGCCGCCUGGCUGUGCGAGGCGGUGAGCCUCGGCGUGCACGGCCUGCAGGCCACUUCGCCCUACUCUGCGGCGCUCGUGUCGUUCGGCACGGCGAGCGCAAAUACGCUCUGUGCGCUGUGCGACGACGCCAAGCAUGGCCUCGGCCGCGCCGUCGCCGGCCUGCCGACGCACCUCCCGCCAACGAGCAAAAAGGCUCGGCGGCGCGAGCAGGCGCCGGUCGUGCUCCCGACGCCGUCCGAGCUGGGCGCGGCGCGUGCCGAAGGCAGCCGCCGCCUCGCGCUCCUUGCGCAGGCCGUCGCGCUCCUGCCCACCGACGGCGCGGCCGGCGCGAACGCCGCGUCGCUGGCGACGAUGGCAAGCGGCGUCCUGUGCAACGUGCAGCGGGCUGCGCACGCGCCAGAAGCGCUGGGGCCGGACGCCGCGCCGAUCGUCGUCGCGCAGCACGGGCCGCUCGGCAAGUACAUGAUCCACGAGGUGCUUGCGCGCCUCACGCACCUCCUCUCCCUGACUGACGCCGAGGCAUUUGUCGGUCAGAGCCAAGGCGAGGCGCUGCAGACCUCGGAGCUUGCGCUCGAGAUUGUCGCCGAGAUGAUGAGCGUGCUGGGCCGCGGCGAAGAGGAUGUCGAGCAGCUCUCAAUCACGCACCUGCCGCUCGACGACGACGACGACGACGAUGAAAUGGAGCUCAUGGAAGAGUUUGACGACGACGCGAUGGACGACGAGCCCGAGGCGAUUGCGCGUGGCGACGCCGAGCCCCACGCGCUCGACCGCUGGGUCUUUUCCGAGGUGCUCCGGACGCCGCUGCUCGGCGUCCUCUUGCGCCUCGCCGCGCCGAGCGACGCGUCCGAGCGCCAGGACCGCCAAGGCGCGCAGCGCCGCGCCGUCGAGCUGCGCGCGCUCGCGGCGGCGAACAACUUCUUGCUGCGCCUCGCACUCUUUGCGCCCCCUCCGCCGUCGCAGUGGCCGGGCGACGAAGAGACGCUCGAGCGCAUCGCGCUGUGGCGCGAGUGGGUCGGCACUGCCUUCCUCGAGGACAGCGACGCGGAGGCGACGCCGGUCGGCAGCGCGCUGCACGAGGCGUGGGCGCAUGUUUUCCGUAUUGCGGCGCACUGGGCGGCCGUGCCGAGCGUCGUCGACGCCGAGACGCUCGAAGAGGCGCUCCCGUCAGCCAUGGCGCCGCCGACCAGUGCCAAUGCGGCGCACGACGGCCUGGCGAUCGUCGACACGUGCCUCGGGUGCCUCUGGUCGAUCGCACGCAUCCUCGAGGGCCAGCUGCCGCUGGUGCAGGACCACGCCACGGCGCCGUACAUCACCGCGCUCAUGGCCGCUUACCAGUCGGCGCGCCUGUCGGCCGUGCGCAUCAAGAGCCUCGGCACGUUGGCGGUGCUGGCACGCUCGCAGGCCUACCGCCAGGACGGCGCAGCGUCGCCGCCGGACGCCUACCUCCAGGUGUACGCCCAGCUCGGCGGGUUCUUUGUCGACGCGGCCGCGACGCUUGCACACGGCGACGUGGCGCACGUCGAUAUUCUCGCGGCGGCCAUCAAUGCGGUGAUGGACACGUACGCGAACGAGCUCGCGCCGUGGGACAUUGUCUACAGGCAGGGGCAGCUGCAGGAGAAGCUCGCGCAGCUCGUCGCGCCGGCGGCGGCGCUCGUCAAGCGCAUCGACCGCCGUGCCAACGUGCCGCUGUAUGCGGCUGCACACGAAAGUGUGCAGAAUCUACGUGCGUUCCUCGAGUACCGCGCAAGUGUAUAG